AUGACGGAACUGGAGAUGGCCAUGACCAUGAUCGUGGACGUCUUUGCCCGGUACUCCAAGGGCGACAGCAACUCGAACAGCCUGACCAAGGGAGAGCUGAAGGCGCUGAUGGAGAAGGAGCUCCCGGGCUUCCUGCAGAAUGGAAAGGACAAAGAUGCCGUGGACAAGCUGCUCAAGGACCUGGAUGCCAACGGGGACGCCCAGGUGGACUUCAACGAGUUCAUCGUGUUUGUGGCUGCGCUCACAGCUGCCUGUCACAAGUUCUUCCAGCAGGCGGAAUGCAAAUGAGGCCCUGCGGUCCAGAUUCCUGACCGAGGACAGCAGGGCCUGAGGCGGAUCCCUGGCGUCCGGGAGCUGGCCCAUGGCCC